AAAUUUUCAAUACCCAAUUCCCCAUCUUUUAUUUUUCUCUGGCUUUCACUCUUCACUCCCUGAAUUUUAAAUACAUCACCAUCUUCUCAGGAUUAAGUCCUAGAUCUUCACCACUGCAACAGAAUUGUUGCGAUUGGAAGUAUUCUCAUCGAUUUUGGGUUAUUUUUCCUGGUGCAGUUUGAUUCAAAUGUCAGAAGGUGAAAACAAGAUGCUUACCCUAACGGAAACAACAUGUGGUACUCUUCUGAAUGAAUUGCAGAUAAUAUGGGAGGAGGUUGGGGAAUCUAAUACUGAAAAAGACAGAAUGUUGCUUGAGAUAGAACGAGAAUGUUUAGAGGUGUACAGGAGAAAAGUAGAUCAGGCAAACAAGUGUAGGGCUCAACUGAGGCAAGCAAUUGCUGAUGCUGAGGCCGAGCUUGCUGCCAUCUGCUCUUCCAUAGGUGAGCCUCCCGUACACAUAAGACAGUCUGAUAAAAGCACUGGAAGCUUGAAAGCUGAGCUGAGAGCAAUACUUCCACAAAUAGAAGAGAUGAGAAAGAGGAAAUCUGAUAGGAAAAACCAAUUUAUAGAGGUGAAUGGUGAGAUACAGAGUAUCAAGAAUGAAAUAUAUGGUGGAGGUUAUGCUUCGAAGGAUGUGGCAGUGAAUGAAACUGAUUUAUCAUUGAGAAAGCUUGAAGAGUUGCAUAUUGAACUGCAGGAACUCCAAAAUGAAAAGUGUGAACGUCUGAAGCAUGUUCAUGAACGCCUGAAUUAUUUGUACCUGGGCUGCUCAGUGCUUGGUUUGGAUUUUAAGCAAACUGUCAGUGAGAUUCAUCCAAGUCUAGGGGAACCUGAAGGUUCAAAAGACAUCAGCAAUGGUACCAUUGAACAAUUGAGGACUGCUAUGCAAAGAAUGCAGGAGGUUAAAAUACAGAGAAUGCAGCAGUUACGAGAUCUAGCAUCUUCGUUACUCGAGCUUUGGAACUUGAUGGAUACACCAAUUGAAGAGCAACAGAUUUUUCAGAAAGUUACCUGUAAUAUUGCUGCUUCAGAAGAUGAAAUAACAGAGCCUGGCAUGCUUUCUGCCGACUUUAUCAACUAUGUCAAGGCUGAAGUUUCACGACUGGAGGAGCUAAAAGUAAGCAAAAUGAAGGAGCUUGUUUUUAAAAAGAGGGGAGAGCUUGAAGAUAUUUGUAGGAAAACACAUUUAAUUCCAGACUCAGAUAAUCCAGUAGAUUUGGCUAUAGAAGCUGUUGAAUCUGGAGCCAUUGAUGCCUCUUGUGUUCUGGAACAAAUUGAGCUCCAAAUAUCUAAAGUUAGAGAAGAGGCUCUAAACAGGAAAGACAUUCUUGAAAGGGUUGAGAAGUGGAUGGCUGCAUGUGAUGAGGAGAGCUGGCUUGAGGAGUAUAAUAGGGAUGACAAUCGCUAUAGUGCUGUGAGAGGUGCCCAUCUUAUUCUGAAACGUGCUGAAAAAGCUCGUGUUCUAGUCAACAAACUACCUGCAAUGGUGGAGACAUUGGCUUCAAAGAUUACUGCAUGGGAAAAAGAGAACGGAGUCUAUUUUACCUAUGAUGGUGUUCGCCUGCUUUCUAUGCUUGAAGAUUACAUGACUUUGCGGCAAGAAAAAGAAUUAGAGCGCAAAAGGCAGAGGGAACAGAAGAAACUUCACGGGCAGUUACUUACUGAGCAGGAGGCUCUUUAUGGUUCCAAACCAAGUCCUAUGAAGAACCAGAGUGCAAAGAAAGGCGCUAGAUUGUCAUGUGGUGGUGCUGCGACGAGCAGAAGACUUUCUCUUGGUGGAAAUAUGCUGCAGACUCCUAGGCAUGAUAUGCCUCCUCCAGCAAAGGCUACUCCUGUUACUCGCAAUGCCAAAAAGAGUGAACGUGUAACUAAUGACUCUCUUAAGGAGGACGGAUUUCAAACUCUCUCUACUGGGAGGAGAGGUUUGGACUUGGCUGGUCUUCCUGCAAGCCAGCACUCUCUCAACUUGCUAAAUGGUCGAGAAAUAGAGUCAUCCAUGACUCGAAAGCCUUUCUCUCCCAUUUCUUCCACAGACUCAUCAAGGUCGAAUGCCACAAAUAUUUUAGGUGACCUGAACCAGAAACACAAUGACAUGAGGCCAAAGAUGCUCACAAGUAACAACAGCACACCAUUCAGCACUCCUUCUAAGAUGAUUUCAGCAGCCGAAGUAGAGAACAGAAUGCCUCAAGCGAUGGCAACCCCAGUACCCUCGACACCCUCAACAUUGUCCAUCCCAAUGCAUCUGGCUAUGACGCCAAUGCAGAAGCCCCUACCAUCGGCAACACUGCAAAUGGCCAUCACACCGGCUAAGUCAGUCAAUGAGGAGAUAGAGUACUCGUUUGAGGAGAAGAGAGCCGGAUUUGUGCUGCCUAGAUCACAUCUAGUGAACUUGAUGCAAGUAUUGUAAGUUUGAGCUUUUGCAAAGUGCUACCAUUCUGUAUUCAUUUUUUUUAUAUCUUACUAUGAUAACAUUCAAUUCCAUCUCUGUUCUCUUGUACAUAGUCUGCGAACAAGUAGACAUGAACUAAGAUCCUUAAAUGCUCUUCCCCUCGGAGCGAUCCAACGUUCUAAACUUCUAUGGUAAAUGGUUUGUUGAAUCUCA